GGGGGCGCUGUAGCCUCGCUGCAUCAGGAGAUCUGUCUGCAGAUGUAGGUCAAAGGCAUGAAGUCAGGAGGUUUCCGUGACUCCACCAGCUCCACACACACCAGCACCGCUCAAAUCCACGGGCUGCUUUUGCGCAUGGUCAGUCUCACCCCUCUCUCUCCUCCUCCUCUCUCCAUCCUCCUCACUCAUCCUCCAGCAGCAUCCAUCUCUCCGGGCAUCCACGGUGCAGAUUCCCGGCCGGUGGCGGCUCCUGCUCCAGGAUGUGACAGCAGCGCUUCCAGUGAUGACAGGAGGAAAGCAAUGGAAGUAAAUCACCACCAAGGGAGGAUAAAGCAGAGCUGAGGGCUGGUGAAGACAUGAGCACAUUUUGAUGGAGUUCUCUUUCAACGCCGUGGAGCUCCGGGAGCUUCGGGGUGGAGGAGGCCGACGAGGCCCGUCUCCAACGCCGACCUCCUGGACCGCGGCCACAGUGGGCACCACCCGGGGCUUCGAGAACGCCUCCUACCAGCAGGACGAGGAGCAGGACCAGCAGCAGCAGGAGGCGACCACAUCGGCCAGUUAUCCACCUCCAGCAUCAGGCAGCAGCAAGCGGCAGCAUCAGGAGGCUUCUCCUCAGUCCUAUGACGAUGAGGAGGCCGGUGCUGCAGCUGGAGGUCCAGAGGACGCUCAGGACUUGGCCGAGUUCAGCCCGGCUGACGACCACUCAGCGGACUACGGCUUCAUCCUGGCUCUGGUGUUCCUGGUGAGCGGCAUCGUGCUGGUGGUCAUCGCCUACACCAUCCCCAGGGAGGCUAAAGUGGACCCAGACUCGGUGUCGGCACGGCAGAUGGAGAAGCUGGAGAUGUACUACGCCCAGCUGGGCUCCCACCUGGAUAAGUGCAUCAUUGCAGGUCUGGGCCUGCUGACGCUGGGGGGGAUGUUCCUGUCGGUGCUGCUCAUGGUGUCCAUCUGCCGGGGAGAAAUGUACCGGCGCAGGGCGGCCUUCAUUCGGCCCAAAAGGACUUACGGCUCCAUCAACCUGAGGAUGAAGCAGCUGGCGACCGGGGAGGCGGGAGGAGGCGACGGCGGGGACGGAGGGGAGGAAUUUUUGGUUGCAGAGACUCGGAAUAACGUCCAGCCAGAACCGAGCCGAGACUCCAAACUAGAAACAGGACUGAGCAGACAUCCUGCUCCUCCUGCUGCUGCUUCUGCUGGACAUGGACUCAACUAAUCCUGCGGUUUGUUUCCUCUGCAGACGUGUUGCCUUCCUGUGCCCCGUUGCAUUAUGGGGAUUCACAGCAGUGCAGGUGCCGACUGGAGAAGCACAACUUGAGCACAAGGCUUUCCGCUGAAGCUUCAUGCCGGCGUUUGGGAUGAACUGAGUUAAAGGAUAUUUAUUCUAACUGAUCAGGAGGAUGUACUGCUUCACAUAAGAGGGCUUGCUACGGUAGAAGAGCGAGGUAAGGCUGUGGCUGCGUGGAAAAGAGCACAUGCGGAGAUGAACAGUUGCAUAUCAAAGAUUAGAGUUUCAAUAUUAAACCCUAGUAUGUUAAUCAGAGACUUGAUUUCACAAUAAAAGCACAUAAUAAAGAAAAGCACUGCAGAGAGCAACAUUAUUGUGAAGAUGUUCCACAUUAGCCAUAUUUUUAACACUUAAAUUUUGGCUUUCUGCUGUGAAUAGCACUUCUGAAAUCUGAAAUACAGUUCAGCCGUUGGAUAGCAGCAUCAUUUCCAGACGUCUUGAAGAAGUGAGACAGACAGCGUGAUGCUAGCACAAAGUAAACACAGGCAACGUUCUGGCAACUCACUCACCACCAGCAAUAAAUGGACGAUAAAAGUAAAAAUAUUCACAAAGCAAAAGCAAAAAAGAAUCUCAGUUUAAACCUGCAUUAAGCGACAUGUUUUCACUAAUUAAAGGGAUCAUCUGACUGCUUUCAGCUCAUUGUUUUGGUUCUAUAGCAGCACAGUUGAGCUUCACAUGAGGAAGUAGAUUAGAGCUGGAUGGGUUCUGAGUCAUCCACUUUUUUAUCAUAUUAUUGUCACUUUAAGUUCAUUAUGUGCCACUUUGGAUUGUUUUAUACUUAAAACAACAGACGUUUGUUACCAUAAAACAAAUACAAAUCCAACAUUUUCUACCUUCAACUUAGUUUCUGUCUGUUUCUGUCUCUUUAGCAGCUAAAUGCUGCUCUGUGUUCACCAGCUCGUCUCUAACUGUCUGUCUGCUGUGGAGCAGGUAGCGAUCAGAGGCUUUUUACAGCUUUAUUUCCUUCAAACAUCUGCCUCCAGCACUCACAGAGCAGCAUUAUGAUUCAUUUUGAGUCAUGGCUGUGUGCAUCUGAUGGAUUUAUCGUCCAGUCUUCCCUCUGUUUUUGAGAGAUACGUGACUUUUUAGCUGCUAAACGCUCCACUAUGUUCACCAGCUCGUCUCUAACGGAGUCUGUCUGCUGUUUGUUGUAUAGUCAAGCUUCAUCUUCAAAAGGAUGUUAAUUUGUUAUUAUUAUAAGAUGACAAUUAUAACCGCUUAUAAUUCAAAUAUUCAGAUUUUUUAAAACAACACUGCAGGUAAUGUUGAGAGCUUAAUAUAAAAAUUGCAGGUGAAGUGCCCCUUAAAGCAACAACAGAUGUAUUAGCCCAUAUGAAGUGUUUCAUGUUUUGUCAGUCAUAGGAAAACAGCUCCAUAGUGUUAGUAGAGGUCAAAAACUCCACAGGGAACCUUUAAACUAUCAGAUAUGAACACUUAUAUUGCCAAUCAAUCUGUCUGUGACUGCAGUCGAGCUACACAAAAACAAAGACAAGUGAAAAGGCAAAAUGGCUGCCAGUCUCCCCGUGAAAUGUGAAGUUUACUGAGAGAAUCCUAAACUUCUUCAUGUGGAAGAUAAUUGCUUAAUGCAGCUUUAAACACUUAGCCAGUCGUCAAUAAGAUGCAGCGAGAGGCAGGAGGUGACGAUCAAAGGCGAGACUGAGAGGUGCAGAAGUGAAAUGAGUCACCGUUUACUGUGAGUCCACCAGCCGGAGCCGGUUUGUUGUUGAGAAGCAGCCUUGGGUAACAGUGUGUUACCUCAGACAGCUGGAGGAGACGUGUAGCUCUGCCUGUAAACUCCUCCUCAGUUUCUCACAUUUUCAGCGCCUUCUCUGCUGCUGGCUGAAGCCAAAAACACAAAAACAGAUUUAAACACACGGAACAUGGCGAGCAAAUAUUCAGCAUCUAACACAUGUCCAGUGUCUAAUAACGCUGCAUCACCCAGAACUGCUGCCUCGUGUUUACUGAUCAGCAUUUCCUGCUAACGUCUCCGCAGCAUCACGCUCCAUCUUCUGUCAGCAGCUGCUGUUCCCAGGCUUGAAAUUACAUGUGAAUGGUCAUAUUUAUGUGACGUUUAAAGGUGGAAUAUCAAACUUUCCUGUGCUACAUACUAGUGGCUGCUGCUGCUGCUAUAAAAAGAAACUCCAGCUUUAUAAAUGAACUUUGGCAGAUCAAGCUGUUAUUAUAAUCAGUGGUGGGGAAGUUCACAUUACUGAUGCCACAGAAAUAGAAAUACUUAUUACAAGUAUAAGUUCCUGCAUUGAAAAUUUCACCUACAUGUUACACAAAAUGACCCUUGUGACUGAUAGGCAACAUUUCAUUGUAGUUACAGCUAACUGGUUGUUGGUGUUUUUGGUUUGUAAGAAUUCAGGAAAUAUUUCAAUGUUACCAGAGCCCAGAGUGGCACAUUCACAAUAAAUCAUUUUUAAAACACUUAUUAUUAAAAAAGUGAAUGUACAUGUUUGAGAAUGAGCUGGAGUGAUGAAAUCUAGAGGCAUUUUUCUAUCUAAAAUAACUUCUGUUGCUGAUCAUUUGAGCUCUACUAGUUUCAUUUAGGGCUUCUGAAAUGAUCGUUUUCAUUGUGCAUUAAUCUGUGGAUUAUUUUAACAAUCAAAUAAUUGUUCUAUCUGUGAAAUGUUAGAAAGUGGUUUACACCCUCCAAUGUCUUGGUGUGUCUACAGCUCAAAGAUACUCUGUCUGAGAAGAAUGAAAGAAACCAGAUAAUAUUCAAAUUUAAGAAACUGGAACCAGCAGCAAACCAAUAAUUGAUAACUAGAAUAGCUGGCCACUAAACAGUUCACAGAAUCAAUUAAUCAUCUCUAAUGUACAUCAUAUUUACUCCGCCAAGGAACGCAGCAGAGUUAUGUGAUGAUCGGCAUCCAUCUCCAUGUCUGUUAGCAACAUUACUCAAAAACAGACAAAACAUUUCUGUAUCAUUGCCAGAUAGCGGCAUGGCGUCUCUGUAACCAUGACAACAAGUGAACACUACACGUGAUCACAUGAUUGUGAUCCUACUACAAAUCCACCUCUGAGGACUUAUCAGGACUUAUCCAUCAGAAAUGAUACAAGGAACAUCUGAUUAAAUUGUGGGGGUGUUUCUGAGUCCCAUCAAUUCCCACCACCUGCUACAGUUGCUGCUAUUUAAGUCACAUGAUCCAGUAUCCGUACAUAAGGUACACAUCCAGAACACACACCUGCAAGGUCAUUAUGUUUGUGGGUACAUCUAUAUUAAAUGGAUGCAUUCUAUGGUGGGGUGAUUUCUGAUCAUCAAUAACUAAUAAACAAAACAAAAUGCUGCAUUUCUGACAGCUUUGGAGGAGUACUACUCUCUCUGAGCGCUUUUAUUGUUUCUGAAGCCUUUAGGGGUUUUGUUCACCAAAAGUUAAAUUUGAAAAGUACCUACAGCUGUUAGAUAAACGCAGUGCAGUGAAAAGUCUGAUCAUUUCAACUGACCUGAGUUCAGGUAAACGUCUUAAGUACAGUACUUGAGUAAAUGUACUUAGUUACAAUCCACCACUGAUUAUAAUGAGCUGGGCCUUAAUGGGAAAUUAGCAAAAUGACUUUUAAAGCAUUAAGGAGACGUGUGCGUGUCUUUUUCUGUCUACAAGAAGUUGGUUUUGAGUGAGAUGAAUCUUUAAUGACACAGCGCCUACUUGUAUUAUAACCUGAUGUUAUUUAUGUCAUGUAAGGAUACAAUAUGCCUUAAUGAGUAAACACACACAUUGUAAAGUGUAUAUAUAUUAUGCUAAUGUAAAAUAGUGUGUAUAGUUAACCAGUUAGCCAAGGGUAAUGUAGCCACACACACACAUAUACAAACAAACACACACUCACUGUUACAUUUAUACUCAUCCUGAGCUGUUUGCUGUAACACAGUACAGAAACGUAAUAAAUAUCACGGGAAGACAUGUCAGAUGUAGAGGAGCAGCAGAAGCUAAAGCUCAAAAACCAAAUACGCAACACAGGUAUGCAAAAGUGGAAAAACCUCGUCACAGCUGGACCAGUUUGUUCCUGUGAGCGGCUUCUUGACCUCAGCGGGAACAGAAAACAGAGAAAUUGUGAUUUAAUGAACAUUCAGGUCAAUUAAAUCACAAUGAAAUACUCUAAAUGCUCUGUAGAUAUUAGGGCUGAUUGAUUAUUAUGAUGACUAUUUCCUUGAUUAAUUGACUGUUUGAUCCAUAAAAUGUCCAAAAUAACCUGAUUUAAUUAGUCAAAUAGAUUAUUUUAACUUCUGCAAUUGGAAACAGUGAAUUGUGGGUCUUUUCUGGUUAAAAACAUGACAUAACUGACAAUAAAGCAAGUGCUUAUAAUGAAAAUAGUAUAUAUCAUAGUAUAAAUCAGUUUUAACUCCAGAGUAGUCUGCUAAUUAUUUCAGCAGUUACCCAUUUAAUGUCUCACAAAUGCUAAAACAAGAUUAUGAGAGUCAUAAUCCUCAAAAUAUUCUGUUUAACGUCCAGUUUGACAAAGAGAAGCAUCAUAAUGUCACAUGUUGGAAGCUGGAACAAGCAAAUAUGAUAAACCAAUUAUCAUCAAUUCGUUUUCCCGCUGUUCAUGAAAUAUUUGACGCUUAAAAGGAAAGCCACAACAUCAAGUUUCACUUCAGUUUCACAUACACAGUAGUCAUGAUAGUAUUAUUCUUAAUGAUAAAAGAUGUUCAUUAAAAAGAAAAAAGAAAAUAGAUGUUAUGAGGAGCAGAGAUGCUCCACACUGUCAGUUUAAUCUGUGCUGCAGCAGGUUAGCGCUGUGAUUUAAAUCUUGUUCUUUUACUGGACAGUUCGAUUCCCGUGACAGUCCGCCCCUGCAGAAGUGUCUUCAAGUAUAUCUGCAUUCAUGUCAGCUGAAUCCACUGAACCUCAAGCUGCUUAUGGGGGUAUUGUUUUACUUGCCGUGGGUUCAUUUUUGAAAAUAAAUUCCUCUAUUUAAACAGCACAAGAAUGGCCAGAAGGAGGCUGAACUCAGAAAUGUCUUCUGUGCAGCUUAGCAAACUUUUGACAUGAAUCUUAAAAAAGAAAAAAAGAUUUCUUUGAUUUUACAGAAAUUGGAAAAACCUGGAAUCAACAUGUACACCACAGAAUGGAAAACGGAUAUUUUAACAUUUACACAGCCUGCAGUUCAGCUGAAUUUUUUUGUCAUGUGACUGAUGGUCACAGCUGGAUCACUGAAAGCUUCACAGAAAUUUUGUUUUUUCACAAAAUCUGGUUUUUAUUUUUGGCGAUUCUAAAAUGAAACAACGAAGCAAUUCUGAUGAAAAAUCACUAUUUUAAGCCCAGAUGUGGUUUAUUUUCCCAACAAAAGUGAAAGUCAGACAGGAUUUUUUUAAGGCCCAAUGAAUCUUUCAGUUUUUUACAGUUUCUGGCUCUAAGAAACUGUGUAACGUUGGUGAUUUUUAAACAUAAGCUGCUGUAUCACCAUUUAGACGAAUUAGAAACAUCUGGUUGUAGGUUCAGGCUCUCAUUCAGACCGAUGUGCACUGAGCAGUGAAGGAGCAGCCAGAAGUAAAGAGUGGAAAGCUCUGCAACUAGAAAGAAGCACAGCAGAGUGUUUUCUGUGAGGGAGAAGUGGAGUGAGUGACGGAGGGGAGAAGCAGUGGGCGAGGUGGUGGGAUGCAGCUGGAUGACGUGAGGGGAUUCUUGAAGAGGUGGAUUCUCAGCAAGAAGCUAAAUCCUCUGAAUGACACAUUCAGGUUUCCACACUCCCCUCGGGAUAAAAAAGAUGAGAAUGAACAGACAGACACGACUCAGAUUAAGCCUGAAAGAGCGGCUGCUUGUUGUUGGGAGACAGAGAGGAGGUCUGCUGCAGCCGGCAGGUCGUCAUUAGAGGAGAGAAAGAGCAGCUACAGAAACACAACGUGAUGCAGGGAAGGAUUACUGCUGCUGCUGGACUCUGGAGGUCUGAGAGGUUUUAUUAGAGUUACAUGGAUGGAUAGAUGCAGCGAGCAGCAGACCCACAGACCAAGGAUUGCUUUUGUGGAAAACACUCCACUGAUUUAACACAUCAAAGCCCCAUUCAGACAGGAUUAAUUCUCCGGGGGGCGGAGGUUUAACAUUACCUGCCCCAGUGAGUAAUUACACAAAUGACCUCCUGUUUUUCUGUGAACUCGCUGCUCCUCCUGCAAUUUAACUCCCAUGUUUUAAAGUGAAUUCUUGAUCUUUUUUCUUUCCUUCUUUUGAAUUUUUUACACUAUGUGAGGAAGUCAGAAAUGUCUCUACCAUUCUGCAUUAAUGUGCACGUCGGUUUAAAGCUGCAGCUGUUAGAAGUGAGGCUAGUCUACUCACUUUAUGAACAGCUGGGUAGCCUCAUCUAUAAAACCACUGCAGUUGUAUUCAAAACCUGAAAACUGAAUUUAUUUCUCAUCAUGACAUUGAUUCAGAAACAAAAAUAUUGACAAAGCACGUCAAUAAAGAUUAUAAGUGAGUUGAAAUAUGAAGGAAAAAAGGGUCAUUUGAGCAUUUGAGCACAUUAACAAAACAACUGAUACUGCAGCUCUAAACCUUAGUCAGAAUAUUCAGUGUCUAUGGAUUAACUGAGCUUUUAAAUUGAAGCUUCAAGAAUCACGUUUUUUUCAAGCCACUUGGCUAAACAACUUUAAACAGCUUCAAGUGACAGAAGUUGCCUGUCUGCUAUUUAAAAAAUGAACACGCCUGACAGUUGCUGUCAUAUCUGUCGACAUUCAGGCACCUUUAUUUGUUUCCUUCACAAAGAUGGCGGUGAAGCUUGUGCAGCUGAAUCAGUCAUUUCAGAGACGCAGACAAUAAACUGAUUAAAAGAGUGAAUUUUUCCUGUCUUUCCUGAAAUGACUCAUACAUUUAUAACGCACCCUCGUGCCCCAACAGCUUUACUUCAGCAGCGUAAUUAAACACAUGAUUAGAUAUUUACUAGAAGUCAGAGCAGAAAGACGAUGUGUUGUGAAGAAAGAAACGCUGGGUUUCAGCUCCUCUGUGACGCGUCUGAAUGUCAAGACCAAACGCGAGCACCUUGACCAAAGACACAAGAGAAAAUCAAUCUUUAUUCUGUCGGCCGCACGAUGACUCUGUUACCAUAGAAAUAGUCUAUUUAUAUCGAGGACUGUUGGGGGAACAGUUCUCAGAUGUCAUGGAAAGUCCUUGUGAGGACGCAACAGCAAAAAUAAAGUCUUAGACCCUCUAGUUGUCCCUGCAGACGAGGAGACGAACAGUUGGCAUUAGUGCCAGUAAAUACCACAUUUUUAAGAAAAAAUAAUGAAGAUGUAGAUGUCUUAAUUCAUUCACUCUAGGUCAAAAGUGGCUAACAAGUCAGAGUGUUAUGAAGCAGACAAUAACCCUGCUGGGCUAAAGAAUAAACCAUCAGCAGCUAGAGUUUCCCAAAUCCAGCACAACCACAAAGCCUUCAGUGAGUCAGCAGCAACAAGUCACAUGACAAAAAUUCAAGAGUUUCUCAGCUGAACUGCAGGCAGUGUUUACACAGACCAGAUGGAAGACAAGGAUAGAGACAAAUUAAACAUCCAUCCAUUGCCUACUACCUUAAUCCUCACCAGGGUCAUGGGUGGGUGGAGUCUAUCCCUCUGAGGGUGAAGACAGGGGACACCUGGACAGGUAACAGUCUGUCACAGGGCUACAUAUACAGACACACAAUCACACUCACAUUCACACCUACAGACUAUUUAGAAUCACCAAUUAACCUCAGCAUGUUUCUGGACUGUGGGAGGAAGCUGGAGAACCUGGAGGAAACCCACACAUGUACAGGAGAACAUGGAGACUCCAUGCAGGAAGAUCCAGGAAGGUCAGGAUAUGAACCGAGGAUCCUAAGGCGAUGGUGCUAACCACCGUGCAGCCCCAAUUUAAACAUGUAAAUAUUAAAAUAUCUACAGUUUGUAGAGUCACCACUUUAGUACACUUUAAGCUUCAUAUUUUCAUCCUUUUUUAAAAGUCAUUCACAUAAGUUGAACUUAUUUUGUUGUUAGUUAAAAAAAAAACUAUUAGUUUUCUUCUUGUAUCGCUGAUUUUCAGCCAUACUUUUCAAGGCCAGAGGUGAAUGAAAUUAAGAUGAAAUACACUUCCUCAAUUAUUUUUAUACACAACAACAUAUUUAAAUAUAUAAACAGUAAGAUUAGCUGCUGACUGCAUCCACUACACCUCAGCAAUGGAAAUACAAAGUUGUACAUCAUUCAACAUGUUUCCCCUUGGUUUUUGUAGCUGAAAUAAUGAAGUAAAUUCAAUUCAAUAUUUUUCAGUUUUUAAGAUUUGUGAUGUUAUGUACAAAAUACAUUUCUGUGUUCUCUCCACUUCUAGCCCAUGGUGGCUAAAAAUGUGACAGGAAACAAAAUGGAACCUUAGGAACCUUAAACUGGAUUUAUUUUUUAUCUUAAAAAAGAUUAAUAAAAUAGCUGCUGGUUAAUUGUCUUUUGGGCCAAACGUGUCUCAAAUCUCAGUUUGAAACCUUUAAAGAAAUGCACAAUUCGCUACAUUUUACAAAAUAUGUAUACGUUAAUAAAUGCAGAUUUGUCAGUGCUUAAACUCACAGGACCCUAUGAUCGUUAUACGUUUGGCCUUUCUUGUAUGGGACAGAGGAGACAGAGACAGGAAACAUGGAUAGAAGAGUGGGGGAUGACAUGCAGUAAACGGUCUCGGGUUGGAUUUGAACCCAUGACCGCCGCAUCGGGGACUAUAGUCCCUAGGCCAGCUCAGCUAUCCGGGUGCCCCAGCCUGUUAUAAUCUAACCCUAACCUCCUGCAGUCGCACAAAUACAUAUUAAGUAUCUUCAGAAGAACAAAAAGUGUCCACACUGAAGGUCGGAGGUCACAGUGGUUCUGCAGCUGCUUGGGAUGCAGCGCGAUACUCAAGGACACUUCAGCAGACCCCGAGUUCAGCCUCAUUAAUCACAACACAUCCUGCUGUCUCAGCACUGGUCGCCGUAGCAACAAGCCCCUGGUUCAAUAGAUAUACAACCUCAAAUAAGCAGCUAGGCAAUAAUAGUUUCCGGUUAACCUCCUGCUGUGUUGUUCACCUUAAACAAACCUGCUGUCGCUGCUGGCAGGCUGCAGCUGGAUGCUUCCCUUUAUGUACAGCAAACAAUAUGCAGACAUGUAACACACAGCAGUAGCAUUUUACUCAGAGACUCAAUGAAUGUACCAUGUGUUGCCGCAGAAGGUGGUGCAGCGCAGCAGUGUCACGUAAUAUCACAAUAUUAUCUUCUGUCAUUCACACGUGAAACUAUUCGAUGUAAAGUCACAUGAUUUCAGUAAAAAACGCUGUUGUAUAAACAUUCCUGUUCUUCUUUUGUUCCGUCCUGAACGUGCAGAGUAGCUAGAUGUAUAUUUAAAGAGAUAAAGCGAUGUUUCACGCAGGUGGAAUGUUUUUAUGGACCAACCUAGAAGUGAAGAGUCAGCUUCCACUGAAGAAUCUGCUUGUUUUAGGCUUUACUGGCCUCUGAAUUCAGAACAUUCAAACCUGAACUGAAAUCAUUCAAGCAGCCACUUUCUGAAAAAAGAUCACCUCAAAUCAGGUUUACUGAUUUAUUGUGGUUGUAGGAAGUCAUAAAAAUAUUUCCCCAUUAAAUUUGUUGUAGUUCCUCUGAAAAAGUGAACGUAGAAACAUUUACAAUUUGAGUCAUCCCUGCAUUUAUUUCUAUUUCAAAUAAAAGUAGAACUGAGUCAGUGGCAGAUGUCUCAGGUUGUCGUGUGUUCACAGCUGAAUGUUCAUGAAUUUAAAUGUAAAACAGUUCCAUCCCAGUGAAAUAUCGCUUUAGGAAACCAGAAUGAAAUGAUGCAUAUGAAAGUCUAUGAAACAUACAAAAGGAAUGAAAAAAUAUUCAGAGGCCUGAGAAUAGAAAUGUGUGUCUGUGAGUCAAAGAUGUGAAUCUUUUGCAAUCAAUAUAUGACAGUGAAAGUAAUGUUUACCACAAACGUAAUGGACACUAAAGGGAUAUAUCACUGGAAUUUUUACUUACACUAUAAACUGGUGGAAAUAUUUAUAGGUGGAAGAGUUGUUAUAAGGAGAUUUUUGGUCUAUUGUACAGUAAUUAUUCCAAUAUUACUUCAGAAAAGUGACAUAACCCUUUAAUCUGAGUGAAAACCAGGGUCUCUAGACUGUUACAGAGCAGACGGCUGUUAAGAUAAUUCUGGUUGCAUUUUUUUCAAUAUUUUUUUUAUUUCUUGUUUAAUGACUUUAGGGAAACACAAGCAGCUCAUUUGCUCUUCCUCACAUUCAUUGUUAAAACAGCUGAGACAUUAAAAUGGGGGAAAUCAGCUUAAAGUCAUCCACUGCUUUGUUUUGGAAGCAGAUCAAUGGCACCUAAACACAGCUGAGCUUCCAAACUGAGGCUGAUCUGCUUUAGGUGUCUUCACAUUUCAGUGGAAAAACGUGUUCUGUGUUGGUUAGCGUAGCGUUUACUGCUCAGGAGCUCCUUAGCUGCCGUGUUACUUUUGCUAGCAGUAGAGCCAGAAGUUCUAGAGUCUGAAACUGCUAAUAUUUGGCCUAUUUUUCUUUUGUCUGGUCUCAAUGUAACACAGUUUUGCUGUUAAGAAGUUGUAGAAAUUAGGAAACACAAGCUCCUUUUGUUGCUCAUUUCAAGCCCCAGUGUUCAACGUGAUUGGUCGGGACUGCAAACUGUUAAAGAUGGAUGACAUGAUGACUCCCUCAGGUGGGAAUCCAAAACAUCUCAGCAGCAAAUGCCACCACUUUCACCAGUGACGUCAUUUGCAGCCAGAGUUUGUGCAGUAGUGACUGUGUGAUGAUGAAGGCCAGGCGGGGAAACACUGUAAACCUCCACAGACUGUGUUCCACUGCAGGAACUCUCCCUGUUAACUACCUUCCAGCUUUUGUGUUUCCAUUGCUCUAUAGAUUUGCAACAUUAACCCUAAUUGCAGUGAAACAGCAAACAGUAGUUGCUAUAUGUCAGUCCGGGCCCAUGAAGCGUGUAGAAAUAGAGCAACAGAGGCGGCUUACGUUUGCCUGGAUGGUUAAUGUUGCAUGUCAGGGAGAAGACUGCUGCUCAAAAAGAACACUGGGAGGGCUGAAAAAUAAUAGUCAUCUUCUCCCAGUUUACAAAAAUCAGCACUGAGACCUCCACAGCGGUUAAUCAGGGCCGCUCAGACGUAACAAGGGGUGUUGCUUCCAUUUUAGGGCAUAACUGAAUAUACGUAUAUUAUGAAGUGGAUUAGUUACUCCAGCAAACAUCUUCCUAAUGAGUUUAUGGCCUCAAUUGCUAGUUUCAAGUCUCCUUCAAUGAGGCAGAUGUCCAUGGUGUAAAUGUUUGCCCCAUUUAGGGGACAAAUGAACAGUGUAUGCUUUACCAUGGGCUACCAUGUGACAGUUAGCUAUCAUAUGAGCAUCUUCCAGUCAGACCUAUCUAUCAGUUGCUGGGUUGGGUUUCAAAAGAGCAAAAUGCUAAAUGCCAAACUCAAGGCUUCAGGAGGGGUGGUCCACAAAUCAAUGAGUGACACCAUGGUUGCUGCGUCCAUCUUUUAUAGACAGUCUGUGGUUGUUGUCUUUGUGACCAGUCAACUAUCGUCCUGCACACGAUCCACAUGUGCAGGUUUUCAUGUGUGCUGCUCCACUUUGGAGUUUUCAGUAAAUGAGCUUGGUAUAAUAACUUUGGAAUUUGGUCCAAUGCAUUGACAGAUGUUAUGAAUGUAAGGAUUAAUAAAAUGCUGUAUUUCAGCUACACAGUCAUGUCAGAAUCAGAUGUCAUUGUUUUCGAUGUUUUUUGAGAUCCUAUAAAAGAAAAAAUGUGAACUCUGAAGCUUCUGCAGCACAUUUUGAGCAUUUUUCUAUUUUAAUUAAAACAGGAAUUUCCCUCUAAGACAGCUUUUAGGAUUGGCUUUUCAUGAUUUUCACAACAAUUUCAGACAUUUUCAUUUGAUAUAUUCCAUCAUUACAACAUCACUUCCACAAAGAGUGACAUUUGUGCUUAUUUUUGAAACCAAUAGCAGAUAUUCAGUCAUCUUGUCUUCCCCGUCUGAUACGAGAACAAUCCCUUUCUAACUGAAUGGUUUAAGCUGCACAGACCCCUGGUUUGCUCAGUGGUGUGUUUUAUGAAGAGCACAGUGACUUGUGUACAGUGUGUAACUGAAUUAUAUUAUUAAAAUGAUGGCAUAUCAUACAUGAUCAGUAUUUAUUCGUAACUAUUACCCAUUGAUAAAUCUUUAAAAUCCUGCUGAAGAGCCGACAUAAAGUGAAUUAACGCUGUGAAAAUUCCUCCUACAAACAUGCUAUAUUAUUGAAUGAUGAUGAAUGUAGAAUUUUCAAUGUUCUAUCACUGACCUGAAGAAAUAUAUUCUAAAGAUUGAUCGAACAAAUAUAUCUGUGUCAUCUCCUGUUGUUGGUCCUUAUCAUAGUUUGAAAAGACGCUGCUUUGUGUGCUUCAGGAGAACAGUGAAUCUGCAUGUUACUAGUGUGUGGCGCUGUAAAGGUCCGAUGCCUUGUUCUGUACAUACUGAGGAGCUGUAUCCUGUGUGUAACCAUGAUGCUGAUUUUAAGUAUGAUUUUGUUAAUGUGAACAAUAAAGUUUCUGUUUUGCUGUUGUUUUUAAA